GUCAGGAGUCCGGGAGACCCUCCGCAGUGAGCCCGCAUCCUCCAGGGAGGAGGGGAGCCCUGCGUGGCCACCGACAGCAGGUCUUUUGGAAGUGGCUAUUCCCAGCUGAAGACAUGAGUGCCACCAAGCAAUGGGACAUCAGCAAAGCCCUGGCUGUCGCCAGCUUGUUCCACUUUUUCCACAAUUUUGGAAAGUUCUGUGUGAUACCUUUUUUAACCAUCUUCUUUCGAUACCUUGGACUGAGCCCCCCGCUGGUGGGCAUUGUAAUGGGAAUAAAACAUAUCAUCUAUGUUUUUUGGGCUCCUCUCUGCUCUUUUGUAGCUAGGAGUAACAGAAAGAGGCGGUUACUGAUCACGUCAUCUCUGUUUUUGUCAGCCGGGGCAGGGUUAGCCCUCACUUUUUUCCCACCCCUAGAAAAGGAUGUGGUACUCAAGUACUGCAAUGUUAGCCUGCCUUGGAAGGACAGACUGACCACACCAGCUGCUUUGGACUUUGAAAUGUUUGGGCCUGAUCUAAAUACAAGUUUUGUGGCGACGGUAGCUCCUCCUACUACUACUACACUGGCUACAAGUAUGUUUACAAAUCUCAGCCACACAACAAUUACAAACUCUGUUAUGAAAACAAUAAGCGCUUCUAAAACUUUGGAGGGCUCAGAUGCCACAGAUGUAAUUGCUCACCUUUCCAGUCCAACCCCAACUUCUGAAACCUUUACUCUUCACCAAAAAAGACUUAAACACGUUACCAAUUCAAGACUACCCAAGAAAAAAGUUGGCAUCAGUAGUAGUAAGUUACCUGCACGCGAUACAACAUCAGCUCAAGCACAUCAAGUUGAAGGGAAUGGUUCUGAUUCUCCUGCUUUGUCACCAAAACCUAAUGCCUCCAAGCAUUCUGUUCAUCAGAAAAAAGUCAGAGAUGUGAGCGUGAGCCAGUCUGUACAGGAAUAUUUUCUGGAUAAAGAACACAAGACAUUCCUGAUUGUUUCAGGAAUAAUAAUUGUUUGGGCAGUUUUUGCUGCGCCAUUAGAGUGGACAGCUGAUGACAGUCUUUAUGAAUAUCUUGAUUUUGUAGAUGCCACGGACAGGCACAAUAAUGUUUGGUUUUGGCGCUAUAUGGGAGCUUGCCUCGGGUCAUGUUCCAUUGUUUUCCUGAUAGACAAUCUCAGCUGUUUCCUUAUUGCCGAUAUCCCCCAAGUCUACCUCCAUUUCUAUGGGUACUCUGCUUUUAUGAUCAUAACGCUAAUUCUAAGUACUUUUUAUCCUAUAUAUGUCUCCAAGAAAAGUGAACAUGCCAAUAAGACUAUAAAAGCUUUAGGCCUCAUUGGAAGUGACGGUCGGAUUAUCCUACUGUCUCUCACUGUCUUUUUGACAGGUGCUGUUGGGUCCACUGCACAUAAUUUCUUAUUUUGGCAGCUGCAGGACAUUGGAAGCACUGAACUUUACAUGGGUGCCUCUAUCUCUCUUGCACUGUUUUCUGAAGUUGUACUUCACUUUUUCAGGGAACAACUAUUGAAGGCCUUUUCAUUUAAAUGGACAGUAGCAUUUAGCCUUGGUUGUCUGGCAGUGCAGUUCCUAUAUUACUCCUUUUUAUGGACUCCUUGGGCUGUGUUGCCCAUUCAACUUCUGAGUGCCUUCAGCAAUGGAGUUCUCUUUUGGGCAGUUAAUUCCCAAGCAGAAAAUGUUGCCACACCGGGAACAGAGAGAUCUAUCCAGCUUGUUCUUCACUGCCUAUCACAUGACUGCGGUGCCAGCAUAGGCAGCUUUGCCAGUGGUUUCAUUAUCAGUAGUUUCAGCCUCCCCAUAUUAUACCAAGCGUGCUGUGUGACUCUGCUGCUGUGGCUGUUAGUAUUCUUGCUGGUCCAGCCCAGGCUCCCACACACAAAGAAAAUUAAUUAUUCACGACUCCUUGCUGCUGACAACAGUGAUAUGAGUGACUCUGAAGAUGAACAGGAAAGAGAUUGGCUUGUCAAGGCCAUGAAAGAUGAUACAAAAAAAUGGUAGCCUACAAUGAACUGCAUGAUAGCCAAUGAGGCUAACAAUAGCAUGGGUUCUAUAUUCUAGACCAAUCUAAUGUAUUUUGCCUAUGUAUGCGAAUGGAUAAUAUAAUUUUUUAUUACAAA